AUGGAGAAUCGUAGCGUGCGAGUCGUCGCUGACAAUAUGCUUCCUUACAUAACUUCAUGUAACGAUUCCGAUGUGCGUUUGGGUGGUUUCCUAGGUGAUAUUUGGCACACCGUUAAAGAUCGACUGCAUUUCAAUCACAGCGUUCAAUCGGUUGAUUACGACACGGGAAUCAAGCUGAUGACGCAACGGAAAGCCGACGUUAUGUUGGCAGCCGUGGUCUAUAAGAAAGGAUUGAAGCACGUCGAAUACUCGCAACCUUACUUCUACAAUUGGUAUCACCUUUAUAUGAAAAAACCGGAAGCUACAGCAUCUUCAUCGUAUUAUUUAAAAACUUUGGAUACAAAUUUAUGGACGGCGAGUAUAACUCUACUCUUAACCUUCGGAUUCAUCCUUUGCUUAACCAACAAACUAACCAAUAGACUCGGAUAUGGAAAUCGAGAUUUAGCCAUAUCCACGUGUCUGUUCACAGUGUUCAGCGGAUUAUUAAACCAAGGUUACGACCCGGGGGUGAAGAGCACUUCAGCGCGCAUCCAAGUGCUUACGUGUUUGCUCUUCGGAUUCCUACUGUAUUCGGCGAUGAACGCGGUUCUUGUUGCGCAAUUGGCGAGCUACGAAUUCGCGCUUCCUUUCAAAUCGCUCGAAGAAGUUUCAAUAAAAAGAACGCAUUCGAUUUGCGUCCGCACCAACAGCUUUGUCUACAAUGAUUUCAUUGACUCUAAUCGUAGCUUAAGUCCUGAAUGGAAAGGAUUGGUUAAUGGUCCCGGUUGUUUAGAUUUGAACGAUCAGAAGAACGUCGCUCCGGUUCUUUGCAGAGAUAAUGUCGUUGUUUUGGAGAGUCGAACUGUUAUUUCUACAGUUAGACGCAGAUUUCCGAUUUCUUGCGAAAUCGCUUACCUCAAAGAUAAACUUUUCGUUAAACCCAAUUCAUUUUUGAUGCUCAAAACUUUCCCACUCAAAAACAUCAUACAAAUGGAGAUACAGAAAUUAGCGGAUUUCGGUAUGCUGAAACGCAUACAACAGCAUUGGGUUUCCGAUCCGGAAAAUGAAAAGUCUAUAGAUCAAAUCACGUUUUCCCAAGUCACAAUUCACCACGUCUGCAGCAUACUCAUCCUGCUCUUAACUACAAUCGGAGUUAGUCUAAUCAUUCUCACAGUCGAGAUAAUUUAUAGCAAAUACUGCAACUGA